CCCCACGUGACUGCUCCUCCCCUCCAUAUCUCUGGAAGGCUGCAAGUAAGGAAAGAGUCGCCUCGGAGCUCCAGCCGCCCGCUCUUGGGCCUGAGAAGUCAUGGCUUCACGGGCCGUCGGAGGACUGCGAGGUCGGCGGCCGGAGACUGUGGUGCCUGGGGAGGCGAUCGAGACGGACUCGGCGGCAUCGUCGUCAGAAGAAGAGGAGCUGUACUUGGGCUCGGCCCCGCUGUGCCGGGGCCGCCCCACUGGGCUGCGCGUAGCGGGGGAGGCACCUGAGACUGACUCUGAGGAGGAGCCAGCGACCCUGGUGGCCCACGCGGAUCUGCCCCCGCUCGUGGUUGUUCGGGAACCAGAGUGGGCAGAAGAGGAGGCUCCUGCAGCGCCCGCGCUCCCUGCCUCGGGCCGGGCCUCGCUCCUGCAGCACCGGCUGGCUGAAAGCCAGGCUCGCCUGGGCCACGAUGUGAGCGCCGCGGUGCGAGGUGUGUACCGGCGAGCUGGCCUCGAUGUAGCGGGCCUGGCAGCCCGCCUGGCCGCCGCGCAGGCCGUGGGCUUGGCGGCAGCCCACAGCAUCCGCCUGGCGCGCAGCGACCUUUGCGCCCUGGCCGAGCGCCUGGACAUUGUGGCCAGCUGCCGCCUGCUGCCUGACAUCCAAACUCCGGCUGAGGCGGGCCCCAGUCCCCGGGCUUAGUGGAGGCCCGGCCCUCCUGUGGUUCCCAAGGUCUGGUGCUCCUGUGAUCGCUUCCCUGGGGAGGCUUGGUAGAGGCCGCCCCAGCACUUCUUGAUCUCGGGUUCAAGGGCCCUCCACUGGGGUGGAGGACAGGAAAGGCCUGGAAGCUGGGAGCAAGGAGCUGCCUCACCCUCCGUACCCUGUCCAGAUUUCAAUAAAGUGUCUUUGGAAAGAUGA